CAACACUGCCAAAAGCCUCAAGCAUUGAGGCCACAUUUCCCCGAGAGCAAAUUAGAAAUGCUUCUGGAGUAUUUGAUCUCUGCUCUGAUGAUGUUUUCUAUCUCAGAGGGUCUCCGGGAGGUGCAGGAGGUGUUGGCGGCGUCCAACUCCCAAGUUCUUCUCCCAUGUGACUGCUCUUCAUCACACACUGUCGCCUGGACCAAAGACCACCAAGGCACUGUGUGGAGACAGGAAAAGAGCGGUUUGCAGUUUUGGGGCUUGAGAUGGUUGCAGCAAGGCGAGCAGCGUGUCCGAUGCCCCCGCUGCCAGGUGACAGGAGGCGACUGCGGCCUGCGAAUCAGCAACGUCGGGGAGCAGGACGGAGGCCUGUACACGUGCGAGUUUCAGAGUGGAGGACGCGUCGUCACGCGCUCGCACAUGCUGAGGGUCAUCAAAGUGUCUUUCUCUCCGAUGGCCCCCGUUGCCGGGGUCCAACUUUCAAUCACCUGCAGCGUGACCCCUCACCCUCCAACUGCCACAGUGAGGUGGAGAUUGAACAACGACUCCUUUGUGCCUCGGAGUAGGGUGCGCCCUUUUACCUCUCCGUGGACCGUGGAGGAAAAGGCGAGCGUGCUCUUGACGGGAGAGUGGACUUGCCUGGUGGCCCGCGGAGGCAAACAGGGCCGAGCCUCUGCGGCUCUAAAUGUGAGAGGAAUCGUCCACCCACCCAGAGACGACACGAAGGUCUAUGCGGCUGUGGGAUCUGCAGCCACUCUCCCCUGCGUGUUCUCCGCCGGUUUAAACCCGACUGAGACCACCUGGCAGAAACUCGAGCCUGACCCUCUGUCGAGAUCAUCUCCUGAUCCCCUUCCUCCCUCCUUCUCCUCGUUUCCCCCCAUCUAUCGGCCUACAUUGGACCAUUCGGCCCGUUUAAAAGACAUUGGUCUCGAGGAUGAGGGAACGUACAUGUGUUCCGGGGUAGUUGAAGGACAAAGCUUCUCUCGGAAAGUUCAGCUGGUUGUGGCUAAAAUCGACCGCUACGUCACACGGACGGAAGCGGUCACGCUGACCUGUCAGCUGACUGACACGAGUGAGGUCACCCGCUACCAAUGGGUCCACGUCACCUACGACCUGAGCGGCGCCCGCUUGGUGAAACCCAUCCAGGGGGGCAAGAGUCUUCGUCUAAGCCGGGUGUCCCCUGAGGACGCGGCCGAAUGGGUUUGCCAAUUUUACGGCACAAAAGGACCCCUGGGAAAUGUAACGCAUGGCAUCGCGCCACAAUACGGACAUUUGAGUGGUUUGGCAAAUCUGUCAUAUACCACCUCAGUUGCGCUCGGUGUCAGCGCUUUCCUGGUUCUUCUGGUUCUGAUUCUGGCUCAGAUGUACAGGAACCAUCAAAGGAGAAAAAGAAUAUUUCAGUACGCCACGAUGGAGUCAAUCCUCCACGCAAAGUCCAACGAGCGAGAGGCGGCAGAACGAGGUCAAAGGAAAAACUGAAGCCACGCUAAACCUGAGCCGUGUCACCUUGCACUAAACGGAGCAAGAGAGAUUUUAGUGUCAAACAGUCAGAUAGCGUUCCAGCCAUUUUCUUGAAUUUUUAACACUUUGGCAUGUUGUCUGCUCUUACUUACUUGUCAAUGUUUGCAUUUUCCGAUAAAGGUAAUACCGCAUUCUUU